CCGGGCCGACUGCGCGCCGCCCCCGCCCAGUCUGCCCGUCCUCUCGGGGAGGGGUUGGGGGGCGCGGCGCCCACAUAACACUCCCCCUUCAGCGCUCGGAGCCACCCCUCUCCCCUCCCUCCUGCAAACACCACCGCCUCCCCAGCCACCGCCGCCACCUCGCCCGACGUUCCGCAGCUCGCCGCGGCCGGGGGGCGGUGCGCGGCCGGUGCGCGCCGGGGGCGCCAGAUGUGCAGUCCCCGCCGCCACCAGUGACCAAGUCGCAGCCCGAGCGCGAUCCGGGCCGCCUCCUCAAUGCUGCGGGGGCGACCUUGAGCGCACCCGCAUUGCCUCGGCUGGGACCCCGACACUUCGAGCGCUGUGCCCCGGUCCUGCCCUCUCCAACCCGGUCCGCCUGCGUUUGGACAUGGAGGGGGCCGCCGCGCCCGCGGCAGGGGACGGCCCCGACUUGGGGUCGGGGGCGCCGGGCUCUCCCCUGGAGGCGGCGACGGGGGCGACCGCAGCCCCCGCGGCGGCUGCGGCGGUAGCCCCGGAGCCCAGGAAGCCACACGGGGUGAAGCGACAUCACCACAAGCACAACCUGAAGCACCGCUAUGAGCUGCAGGAGACCCUGGGCAAAGGCACCUACGGCAAAGUCAAGCGGGCCACGGAGAGGUUCUCUGGCCGAGUGGUUGCUAUAAAAUCCAUUCGUAAGGACAAAAUUAAGGAUGAACAGGACAUGGUUCACAUCAGACGAGAGAUUGAGAUCAUGUCAUCCCUCAGCCAUCCUCAUAUCAUCAGUAUUUAUGAAGUGUUUGAAAACAAAGAUAAGAUUGUGAUCAUCAUGGAAUAUGCGAGCAAAGGGGAGCUGUAUGAUUACAUCAGCGAGCGGAGACGCCUCAGCGAGAGGGAGACCAGACACUUCUUCCGACAGAUUGUCUCUGCUGUGCACUAUUGUCACAAGAACGGUGUGGUCCACCGGGACUUGAAGCUGGAAAAUAUACUGCUCGAUGACAACUGCAAUAUUAAGAUUGCUGACUUUGGCCUUUCCAACCUGUACCAGAAGGACAAGUUCUUACAAACAUUUUGCGGGAGCCCGCUUUAUGCAUCGCCUGAAAUUGUCAAUGGGAGGCCUUACCGAGGGCCAGAGGUGGACAGCUGGGCCCUGGGUGUAUUGCUCUACACUCUGGUUUACGGAACAAUGCCCUUCGAUGGUUUCGAUCACAAAAACCUCAUUCGGCAGAUCAGCAGUGGAGAGUACCGGGAGCCCACACAGCCCUCAGAUGCUCGAGGGCUCAUUCGGUGGAUGCUGAUGGUGAACCCUGAUCGCCGGGCCACCAUUGAGGACAUCGCCAACCACUGGUGGGUGAACUGGGGCUACAAGAGCAGCGUCUGUGACUGUGACGCCCUUUGCGACUCCGAGUCCCCGCUCUUGGCUCGGAUUAUCGACUGGCACCACCGCUCCACUGGGCUGCAGGCUGAGGCUGAAGCCAAAAUCAAGGGCCUGGCCAAACCUGGUGCCUCUGAAGUUAUGCUGGAGCGACAGCGGUCACUGAAGAAGUCCAAGAAGGAGAAUGACUUUGCCCAGUCCAGCCAGGACAUGGUACCUGAAAGCCCGUCCAAGUUAAGUUCUAAGAGGCCCAAGGGGAUCUUGAAGAAACGAGGCAACAGUGAGCACCGGUCCCACAGCACCGGCUUCAUCGAAGGGGCCGUCAGUCCCACCUUCCCCUCUGCUUUUAUGAUGGAGCAGGACUUAUGCCGGACAGGCGUGCCCCUCACUAGCUCCCCCGAGGCUGAGGUGCCUAGUAAACUCAGCCCGAAGCAGUCGGCCACCAUGCCCAAGAAAGGGAUCUUGAAAAAGACCCAGCAGAGAGAAUCGGGUUAUUACUCCUCCCCAGAACGGAGCGAGUCUUCAGAGCUGUUAGACAGUAAUGAUGUGAUGAGCAGCAGCAUCAUCCCCUCUCCCAGCCCCCCGGACCCAGCCAGGGUGAGUGCCCACAGCCUCUCCUGCCGGAGGAAGGGCAUCUUGAAACACAGCAGCAAAUACUCAGCAGGCACCAUGGACCCGGCCCUCAUCAGCCCUGAAAUGCCCACACUGGAAUCCUUGGCGGAGCCCGGCGUCCCUGCCGAGGGCCUCUCACGGAGCUACAGCCGGCCUUCCAGCGUCAUCAGCGACGACAGUGUCCUGUCCAGCGACUCCUUCGACUUGCUGGAUUUGCAGGAGAAUCGUCCCGCCCGCCAGCGCAUCCGCAGCUGUGUCUCUGCCGAAAACUUUCUCCAGAUCCAGGACUUUGAGGGGCUCCAGAACCGGCCCCGGCCCCAGUACCUGAAGCGGUACCGGAACCGGCUGGGAGACAGCAGCUUCUCCCUCCUCACGGACAUGGAUGAUGUGACUCAGGUCUACAAGAAAGCGCUGGAGAUCUGCAACAAGCUCAACUAGCUCACCGGACACAGGGGUUAGGGACAAAGGAGGAAGGAGAGUAAUGACUUGUGCUUACAGGCUGGGUCCCUCUUUGAUGGCCAUGGCAAUAGAUUGAGAAACGGUUGGUGCCGUCUUGCUUAGCUAAGCUUGUAGCCUUCAGCCAGCGCCUAAAAGGGAGAAGUGGGCUUGCUGCCAAUUCCGCCAUGUUGUAUUGGUUAAAGCAGCCAAGGCUAUAAGCUCCAUCUCUUGAUUGGAGAGUCAGAAUUUGGGUCCUCAUUGACAUUUACUUUAUGGCACCUUCUGGAGAACCAGCUGUCCUGGGGAGCUGGUGCUGGCCAGCACAUUUUGGGUUGUUAGGAAGCCUAUGAGAGAGGAAGCAUUUUCCUAGAAGUCGUCCAAAUGCUUCUGGAGAAGGAGCAAGAGAGACUGGGACCAUUUGCUUUGGUUGAGCCCAAAAAACUUGCUCCUUCUCACUUCACAUUAACAAGCUUGUUCUGACUGUAUGGGGCUGGCAAGUAGAUAUCAACAACUGGAGCUUGAAUCGAUGAGUGCUGAGUGUGUUGGUUAGAGUAGUGUUCUGAUGUUCUGCCCAGGCACAUAGAAAAAGAGUGCUGUGGUUGAAUAGUAAUGUCUGCCAUAGGAAUGGAAAGGGAGGCAGUGGCACUCAAACCAUCCUUGGCCUGGUGAAGCCCUGGGAGUUAGCUUAAGGCAUCCUCUGGGAUAUUUAUGCCAGUAGUGUGGCAUUUGCUAAUUAGACUCUACCCCGGGUAGAAGACAGGGCCUUGGUCAGAGAGAGAAUGCUUUAAACUCUGCUGAGGACGUAGAAUCAGCCCUUGGUGAUUUUUCAGCUUCUUGCUGUCUGUGUCUUCUCCCGGGGAUGGACAGGGAAAGAGAUGGUGGUGUCAGGGGUCAAAACUUUGGUGUAUAAUUGAGCAUGGGGACUCUUUGUGGUCUUUGCACGGAUGAUUGGAAGUUGAUCCACACUUGCAAGGGGCCACUUGGUUUCUUUAAUGUCUAAGUAUUAACUGGAAUGCUGCCUAUUGGGCUCUCACCUGCAUGAAUGCCUUCAAUGGGAUGUAAUACUCACUGUCCAUAGUUUCCAAAGGAUUAACUGGUGCAACCAUUCGCCCUGUUUACUGAUAGCAGACGGUUUCCCUGUCCACUGAGUGUAGACUCCACAGAGGUAGAUGAGUUUGUUUCUAAGAAGUUAGCGUGUAGUUGGGGUAUAAAUUUGGAUGAAGAAAGGAAAAUUGGGCAGAAGUUGUUUUUCCCACAUCUGAACGUGCUAUUAUCAGGGUCUCAAACUUGGAUGUGGACUCCUGGGCUUUGGGGAAAAAGAAAGUUCUAUCCAUUUAAAUGAAUAAGGUGUUGAAAUGGCAGAGUGGGUUGGGAGGAAGCAUGUAGGAGAGGGAGCAUUUCCUUAGAAGUCUUCCAAACACUUCUGGAGGAGGGAGAAAAGAGGCGUCCCUUAAAAGUGAAGGACCGCCAACCUUAAAAAGUAACAAAACUAGGUGGUAUACUCUUUAACACCUAGAUUACAGGUGACAGGACUUCACGCCCACAAUGGGACAUCUUUAGGAUACUGGAUUUGGAAUUAACUGUCUCUUUGGGAUCACUUCUGAUUCUACUGGCCUGGGAAGAUUAAAACCUUUAUUUCAAGAUGGCUGACCUCUGAUAGCCACCUAGAUGUAUAAGGAGGACUAGUUAUGACAUUAUCUUUGGAAGAACCAACGAACAACAUAGGGAAAUGAGAACAAAGUCACCUACAGCACUAAGAACAGCAAUUAGAAAGAAUCUGCCUCUUCUCUAAGGGGAUGCUUCCGUCUCUCCCCUUUCCACCAGCUCUGGUGUUUUGGCUUGUGCAUUUUUUCAGGUUUAGAUGAGCAUGUAUUAUGGGAAGCUGCUUAAUUUCCCUUCGUUCAAUUCCACCUUCUUCGUGAACUCCAGUAGAGGUUAAAAGGGAAAAAUCUGUAGAUAGCGUAUUGGGUGCACGGAGGACAUCCUGUAACCUCCAAGCUCCCGCCUCCUUACCUCCUUUAUGCAACCUUUUCGGAAGGCCCAGCCGAUACUGCCACACUACUGGCCCCUCACGCAUGUUGGCUGGCCUGGUGGGUAGCUGUCAGUAUAACUUACCUAUAACACCUAUGUACUUGUCCAUGUGGUUUUUCCUUUUGCCAAGUGAUUGCAUUUGUUUAGUAUUUCCCAUCCUUCUAAUCUUUAGGUAAAAGUGGCUCUCUUAAAAAAAUCACCCUACCCCUUUUGCCCGCUCCCAAAACACAGGUGUGUUCUUUUUGUUAAUAAACUCAGACAGUAGAUUAUGGCAAAGAAAGGACUCGACUCAAGAGGCAAAGUUCUCGGUUGAGUCCUGGUCUGCUGCUAACUAGCUGCUGGCCUUAGGCAACUGCAGUGUCUUUGGGGCUCAGUUUUCCCUUCAGUGAGGGCUGGAGGGGUACACUAGCCAGUCUCUCAGGUCCUGCUCAGCUCUAAUGCUAACAUCCUCUGGUUCUAGAUGUAAAAUUGACUCUUGUUUUUCAAGGAAAAACUUGGAAGAGAUGGGAAAUCCCUUUAAAGUAGCACCUUAGCUUCCUGACUAAACCCUACCAUCCUUACCAGCCAAAUCUCCGCCAAGGAAGUCAUGCUUGUUUUAUUUCCAUGGAAUUAAAAGUGCGAGACACCUUCCUAACCCAGUGGACAAAGCAAGAUUCCAUGUCCGCUCUCCUGCCCCCUUCCUCACCUCUGUAGGCCUUUCAGUGUCUUAGUUUACACAUCUGCCAAAGGGGUAGAAUUAUACUUCUUUUUACAGGUAAAUUUCAAGGCACGAUCAGUUUUCAGAAAGUGCUUCGAGACCCCAGGUGAAAUGAAAAUGCUAAGUGCGGUCUGAAUGCCCAUCCCUGUUACCAGGUGCUGCUUGUGGUUGAUGGGGCACAUUUCAGGGUGGAAUUCAGGCGUGUUUUGCCCCAGCCUGCUGUCUUGAGUACAAAUGUGAAUGAUCAAACUGACUGCUUGUUGCCAAACUGGAAAUGUUCUGUAGGGGUUUACUGGCAUGUUAUCAUUCCUAGAAGAAAAAAAAAGAGAGAGAAACUUGACUGCACAUUUGUUUUUUUUUUUUUUUAAAUCCAUGUUGUGACUUUUAUUUAAUUUCUUUUUUUUUUUGGGUAAUAAAAAAGUUGACUUUUUUAUUUGAAUUUGUCUUUUUUUUAUUUAUUGGUCUGAAAGGCAUUUCAAAGGUAUUAUAAUAAUAUAUUGGUAUAAUUUAAUUGGUGCAGCAUGCUUUAUGGCUCUGGUCAAAAUUGGUUUUCACUCGUUUGAUUGGUUUGAGCCCAGAACAGCCUACAGGGAAAAAAAGCUGGAUAACCACCCAAAGUGUUUGUAUUUUCAUUGGAAACUGAUUUGUGUUUUUCUCUUUUUUUUUGGUUUUUAUUUUUAAAUUAAAUAAAUGGCAAUGAACUUAACUGAACUCCUGGAACCUUGCUUCUUUAUUUGGUGU